AACGAAACUCAGAGACAGACCAAAGCAACGGCGAGGACAGUGAUGUAGAAAUUUUCGACGCGACCGACCUGAUCAACGAACAUGUUGUGGUGAGAAAUUACGCGGGCAUACUUGAGCAUUUCUUCUCAGGAUUCGUAAGAUUCAAGACGCCCACGCUACCUUCAGAUAUCGAGCUUACGACUCGGAUGACCAUCACGAGGGCGCAAGCUAUAGAGAAGCUGGAGCCUUACCUCACUCGCGCACGUCAAGAGAAAUUCCAAGCCAGCGUGACUGACGAACUCGCAAAGAGAAUGAGCGAAGAAAUCGUUCAAGUGAUGGACGCAGAUACGAAGACGUGGCUACGUACGUGGGCCAUCUUUGUGGACAAGCCAGACAUACUCAAAUGGGUGGAUGACGCAAAGGAUGAUAUGGAAGCACUUGAAUACACUGAGACUCGCACUCAACCUGGACGACCCAUGUGGUCGAAUGAUCCAGCAGACAUCAUCAUUCAGGACUUGCUGGAAUACGCAAGGGCUCCAGGCGUUCCAUUUGCCGUUCGGUAUGGUUUUCAAGCCGCAACAUACGCCAUCAAUCACUAUGUGAAGGCGCUGAAGGAAAAGCACCGUACGCGGCCAAACGCUGAAGCAAUGAACAAACUUGACGACGUGAUGAAUACCAUCAAAGAUGAGGGAAGCGAGACACGAGAUUUUUUCUAGGGAGGCAAACGAACAUGAAGAGGCGUUUCAAAAGAAGAACUGGACUUGUUAACUAAUUCGGACGAUGGGGUUUCUGAAGAAAGGCACUCUCCAUAGGGGAAAUGGGAAUAGCAAGUUGGGAAAAGUGCUUCAUCAAGGCGUUAUGGGAUUAUCAGCAGGGAUCUGGUUUCGAUGAAAGGAAUAAGAGCUUCGUCAAGGACAUUGGCCCAUAGCAGCUUUCAAGCUACAUAAAAUCAGCAGCAAAUAAAAUUCAUCAUUCGGGCGGUAUUGCA